AUGAGCGCUGGUACAGCGUCACUGGAGCGCGAGCUAGCGAGUACGCGACGGCUACUGUGGGGAGACAAUGUUAAGGAAGACGUGUUUAGGCGCUGGGCGCAAGGUUUCCAAUUCAGUACAGAUGAACCUAGUGCACUUAUUCAACAAGAGGGAGGUCCAUGUGCAGCCAUCGCGCCCGUGCAAGGGUUCCUACUUAAAAUCCUACUCUCAGAGACUCCUGGGCAUAGUUUACACGACUUGACCUCAGAAAAGUGCAAUUCACUCCUUGUUAGGGCUGUGUGUAUGAUAUUAAGCCAGUGUCUAGCGGCUAAGUACAAUGUCGCAGUGUAUCGUAAAGGCGACGCGGGAGCGGAAGGCAGUUCCAGUGUCAAUGUGAGUGUUGAAGAACAGUCCUGUGAUGCUAUUGAGCAUUUUCACAGAAGGCUAGAAGUUCAUUCAUUUCAAACUUUAUCAGAAGUGGAAUCUUUUUACAACCGUAACAUUCGUAUUUUGAAAGAUAAAUAUGGUGUACUUCUUUUAUUAUACAGUGUCAUUCUAAGCAAAGGAGUGGAAACAGUAGAGGCUGAAUUAUCAGAGUUAUCAGACCCUCUCAUCCAUUCAACAUAUGGAUAUGGAUCACAGGGCCUUAUAAAUUUAAUGUUAACAGGGCGAGCUGUGGCACAUGUAUGGGAUCAUGACCAGGUAGUAGGAGGAUUACGACUGAGAGGAAUUGAGAGGCAAAAUGACAUUGGAUUUUUAACAAUAAUGGAACACAUGCAAUAUUGUACAGUGGGCUCCUUCUAUAAAAAUCCCAAACACCCAGUUUGGGUUUUAGCUUCUGAAACUCAUUUAACUGUAUUAUUUUCUAUGGAAAGACGUCUUGCUGCCCCAGAAACAGUUGGAGAGUCAGCUGAGAGGAUUUUCCGGUCGUUUGAUCCCGAGGGCAAUAAUUUUAUACCAUCAGCCGCUCUGCAAGAUGUUCUGUGUGCUGCAGAUCUUGUAAGCGAACCUGAGUAUGUGGAAUUGAUGCGACGGAAAUUGGAUUCUGAAAAUUUAGGAAUAAUUUUGCUGAGUGCAUUUAUGGACGAGUUUUUCCCGGGCUGUGAGCGCGGAGCACCAGAUACAUUUACUCUGCACCAUUAUAAUGGAUUAUCACGUAGCAACCCCGGAGGACGUGUAGUAUAUCGGACUGGCAGAGCAGCCUUAUUGGAGUGUCCAAUGCGUGCAGCCACUACAGACCCCAUGUUAACCUGCCUGCAAACGAAGUGGCCUAGCAUUGACAUUGUUUGGGACGAUGGACACUCUCCAUCACUUAAUUAG